AUUUUUAGUUUUGCCCAAUCAGUGCUAGCCACGACAGUCAGCCCUAACAUUAAUGAAACGAAAGUAAUGUAAAAGAGACUAUUGCCGAUGAGACGGUAUAUUGUCACUUUCACUGGAACAUUUUCAAGCAGCAAAUUUAGCGCUCUUCUAGUUUGACAUUAAAAGCGUUGACAAAAAUAUAAGAGAUGUUAGGUAUGUCUGCAUUUUGUGUCUGUUUAGUUUAAAAAUAAAGGCUUAGGCGGCGUCUUUUGUUUUCGCCGCCGUACUUGACACUCUCACUCGUAGUAUUCGUACGUAGCGGUAGUAUGUAGAGACGAUUGACAAUGACACGCAAGUUUGAGGUAAGUCCUAAGUCUUCAUCCAAUAUACAGAUAGUCCUUAGCAGCUGUAAAGCCGCCGUAGACGUAGACUUAAAGAAGGCAGAGUCUUCGUAUAAUAAAUCACCAUAAAUUAGUAUGGUGAUAUUAUUAGGUUUAUCACAAUUAUUAUCUUUAAAUUUAAAAUAUUUAAAUUCCAAUUUUAAGUAGUAUCCCCUCUAGGUACUUUGAUUAGAAAAUUAAAAAUUUUUGUAAAAAUUAACCAAUGCCAAUGGCGUAGUUGAAUAGAGCAAAUUUUUUAAAAGAAUUAUAACACCAAAAUCAUAUUUUUAGCUGUUGUAGUUUUAAAGUUAUGAAUUUUUAAAAGUAUCACCUCCUUUGUCUUUGUCAUUUUUCAACAUGGACUGCAUCUCCACAUUCUGUGACCCAAUUGGCAAUUCCGCUGUUCGCGUCACUGUAUAUUUAUAUAGUCUAUAUAAGGACAUACAAUUUUCCUUAUUUAACGUUAAUAUAAAGAAAAAAUUAGCUUAUUGGGCUUAUUGGGAAUGUAGUUCAACAUUUCUCCUAAUGUUAAUGGGCGGAGUCAGGCCUUAAUUAUGGGCCAAAAGGACUCCUGACUCCUAAUUUAUUCAAAUUACAUGCACAUGAAAAAAUUAAAAACUUGGAUUCUAUUGUGCAGACACCCAUUUCCGAUACAAAUUUACUAGGAGUGUCCCUUGCUUCGGCGGAGUACCUACCCUAAACUUUAGACUUUAGAAAAGAAAAAUAAUCUAUAUUUAUUUGGAUGGGACCAACCAUAAUAAUAUGAAUGACGUCACAGUAUUUUCGGUAAGUGAAUGUGAAGAGAUAGCACCUGCCGCGAUCUGCGAACUAAUUUAUCCCUAAACCUAACCUGAACCCUAAAUCUAUCCCUAAACCUAACCUGAACCCUAAACUUAUCCCUAACAUGGGUUUUGACCCUAUCAGAACCAGGGACAAAACACGCAAAUGACAUCAGGCAGGGUGCUAUCUCUUCACAUUAGCCGUAUUUCUGUUACUCAAUCAUCAUCUCUAAAUCUGAAUUUAGACACCUUUGCCUUAUGGUUGUCAUAAAUUGAUGUGUACAUGAUAUAUGGAUGGCCCCAAUUGCCAUUUUGUUUUUAUCCUGGAAUGAAAACCUUUGUAUUUAAAUGGUUAACUUAUUAAAAGUAAUAAAAUAAUCAAGUAAUCUUUAACAAAUAUGUCAUAUGUUGUAAUGACUUGUCCUUUUACCUACCAUUUCAUUAAGAUAUUGAUAUUUUUUUGGCAGAGUUUCUCCUGAGUUUUGCUCUACUUGUGAGCAGUGCCCACUGCUUCUAUGGGGCUGGUGAUGAUGUUAUUGAACUAACUCCUAGUAAUUUUCACAAGGCUGUAAUAGAUAGUAGCGAUAUUUGGUUCAUUGAAUUCUAUGCUCCAUGGUAUGUAAAAGUGACUAUAAUUAUAAUGGCUUUAUACUUUAACAUUGUUAUCAUAUUAAUUUUACCUACUUAAAUAAGAUUAGGAGCAAAUGGAUUAACACUGAAUGAAUUUGAACACAACUUAAUUGUAUUUGUAAAUAAAACACGCUGUUAUCCCAUCUUCCACUAGGUGUGGUCACUGUCAAGCUUUGACGCCAGAAUGGAAAAAAGCUGCUUCUGCCCUCAAAGUAAGCAUAUUUGUUAUUUAUCAGGCUUUAUGUUCAGAAUGUUAUUUAUUUACCUAAAAAAUAUCAUGAAAAGUUUUAUGUUAAUGGUUCACUGAGCUUGACAUUUAAAGCAAAUAUUACAUAUCACUGCUUUCAUUUAUCAUCUACUUUCUUUUGUGUCUGUUUUACAAUAUAUUUUUACGUUUUUUUAUUUACCCUUUUUUUUCUUUAAAGGGUGUUGUCAAAGUUGGUGCAGUCAAUGCAGAUGAGCACAAAGGUUUAGGUGGACAAUAUGGUGUCUCUGGAUUCCCUACUAUCAAAAUCUUUGGAGCUGAUAAGUUUAAACCCACAGAUUAUCAAGGUAAGUAGGAUAGUCCAAAUAACCAUAUCAAACAGUUGUUUGUUUCAACUUAAAAUUGUUUCUCCUUUUGUUCUUUAUGAGUUGAGCUGUGGCAUUCAUUAUUUUUAAUAUCUUAAUUUUUUAACCCUUAUACAAGUUUUAUUCUUUCUGUAAACUGCCAAAUUUGUAUUUAAUAAUUACUAGAAAUUGUCUAGGUAAUGGUGAUGUUCCGUAAAAGUUUAAAAAAAUGCGAGUGCCUAAAAAAAGAAAUAAAAACAAAUGGGUUCUUUGAAAUGACUUUUUCCCUGUGGCAAAUUAUUUUUCAGGUCCACGUACUGCAUCUGGAAUUGUUGACUCUGCCCUGAGUACAGUUUCAAGUGUGGUUAAAUCCAGACUUUCAGGAGGCAGUAAGAGUGGUGGGGGUGGCAAGGUAAACAUUUUAUCAUACUUUAAUUAUUUUAAUCUUUUAUUAUAUUACAAUGAUUACAAAUGUGUCUUUUUAUGUAAUAAAUAUCUGUGAUAUAUUGUUGAUUUAUUUUGAAUUAGAAGUUUAGGCAUUGAGAGUAGAAGAGAAAUUGGAAUUAAUUUUUUUAAAUCUUUUGUUAAAGAGUUCUGGUGGGGACAGCAAAGAUGUUAUUGAGCUCACAGACAGUAACUUUGAAGAGAAAGUCCUUGAAAGCAAAGAUAUGUGGCUUGUUGAAUUCUAUGCUCCAUGGUGUGGACACUGUAAGAAUUUGGCACCUCAUUGGGCUUCUGCUGCUAGUGAACUUAAAGGAAAAGUGAAGCUUGGAGCUCUUGAUGCAACUGUGCACACAGUCAUUGCCAACAGAUAUGGAGUAAGUGGUAGAUUCUGAAAAUUGUGUUCUUAUUUGGCAAAUAUAAAUCUUAUUUUGGGGAAAUUUUUAAAAUUUCUUGUCACAAUUGUGAGUGCGAAAUUUAGUAUUGAAUUUAGCACAAAAAAAAAUUAAUUAAAAAAAUUGCCUUUCCAUAAUUUUUGUAAUGAAAUUCAAUGAAGAUGUCCGUUUGUUCCUUUUAAUUUCAAAGAGUUAAUAAACUAAAUAACACCAAAGAUGAAACAUUUAAUGUUCAUGUAUUCAAUUAUUUUGUUGUUCCUUCCUCUUAGAUCAGGGGAUUCCCCACCAUCAAAUUCUUUCAAGCUGGUGAUAAAGACGAAGAAGGUGUGGACUAUGAUGGAGGACGAACAUCUUCUGACAUUGUGAGCUGGGCCCUUGACAAAUUAUCUGAAAACAUUCCAGCCCCAGAAGUCAACCAGGUACUUGUAUAUUGUAUAUGAAUUAGAGUUGGCAGAUUUUGUGAAGUGAAUACCACUUAAAACAAUAACAAUAAUGCAGUAACCUUUUUCCCCUCAUUAUUAAAUGAAAUAUUUAGUAAAAAUUAUAAAUUGAGAAGAGUACCCCUCACUAUUUUUUAUAAAUUUGCCAAUGUUUGUGAAUUCAAUUUUGAAUGUGCUAAAUUUCCAGCUUAUUAACAGCAAAGUUUUAAAGACUGCUUGUGAUGACCAUCAAUUGUGCAUUGUUUCUGUGCUGCCCCAAAUCUUAGACUGUCAAUCAAAAUGCAGAAAUGACUAUCUUGCCAUUUUGAAACGGCUUGGAGAGAAGUACAAGAAGCAACGUUGGGGGUAUGUAAUAUUAACUCACAGAAAUUGUAUGUGACCAAGAAAGUCUGUCCAUUCUAUCUCCUUUAUAGCCAUCUCCUGAUUUUAGGAUAUCUUCUCUAAAUCUCACUGCCCAAUUUUUCUACAUGUCUAUUAAAGCAGUGAAUUAGUUUCUACUAUUUGAAAUACUUCAAACGAAUAUAUCUUUAGCUAAUAAUUUGAAUUGGCAUUUCCACUAUGCUUUCAGUUGGGUAUGGGCAGAGGCUGGUCAGCAAGUUGAGCUUGAAGAAAGUCUGGGCAUGGGUGGCUUUGGUUGGCCUGUAAGUAGAUAUGUUUGGUCUCAUAAGAAUUGAUUUAGACUUUAGUACUAUAUAACUGUCAAACAUUUUUCUGGAGCAUCAAGCCAUUGUUAACAUUUUUAUAUGGUUUUCAAAAAUGACAAAAUCCCAGACUAAAUGAAUUCAGAGACCCUUACAAGUAUACAUUCUUUGAAAGCCCAUUGGACAAGGUAUCUUAUGGUAUGAAAAAAUUUGUUUUUAUAUUAUGUAUGUUGAUAUUGACCUCAACCUUUACAGACUUAUUACAAUUUUAGUACUCAACUUCUGAAUUCAACCCAAACUAAUGCUCCAUAAAUUGUUCAAACUAUCAUAAAAUCAUGUUUUUGAGAUACUUCAAGCAAUAUUCUUUGAGUAAAGUUAAAGAUAUUUAUAUUGAAAAUUUAUGAUAUUGUUGAAUUUUUUUCAUUCACUACCUUCAAAUUUCUGUCUUACAAAAUACCAGGGGGAAAGCGUGAAAUGAGUUUCAAUUGAAGUUAUUAAAUCAAUUUUUUAUUGAUUGAUACUACAGAACAUACAAAAACAUAAAUGUCUUUGGGGUAGGGCUUUGGGAUCCAAUUGUCUUUAGCUGUUUGACUACCACCCUUUCCCAAAUGAAUUUGUCUGUAACAUUAUGACUAAGGUUUUGGCUAAUAUUGUCAAUAUCUGACUCAUAUGUCACAAUCAUUGCUAGAGCCAAUAAUGUCAUUACUAGCAUCUGGAAUAUCUCUGAAAUCAUUGCUUUCAUUUUAAUCCAUUUGAGGCAAUUUCAAUAAAGAAAUUCAGUGUUGAUUUUUCAGUCUAGAGUGGGGCCCUCUCUGGCAUCAGACAUAUGGCAGAUGAAUUUUUUAGAAAAUUUCACCUGUUUAAUCAACAGAAAAUUCAUAAAAGCAUGUUAACUUACACAUAGUUACAAAUAUAGAAAACAAACUCGUUUAUAUAGAGUGAUUUCCCUUUAACCACAAUACAUUGAAUCAUCCGCAUUUUAAAUGACGAUUUUGCUAGCGUGACACCACAGAUAGAGGUAUGAUGGGCGGUUCUGACAGUUAUAGGGUUAAACAUUUUUUCCAGACAAAUGAUCAUUUUGUUUUAUGAUUGAUAGCUAUCUGGUGACUCCUUUUAUAGCAUUUUGUUUAACUCUACAGGCUUUAGCAGCUGUUAAUUCAAGAAAAAUGAAAUUUUCACUGCUAAAGGGUGCUUUCAGUGAAACUGGUAUCAAUGAAUUUCUCAGGUGAGUUAAUGGUAAUUAAUUAUGCUUUGCAUUCAACAAAAUUGUUCACUACAUUGGAGAAAGUCUUUUCUGCUCUUAUAGUAAGGCACGCUCAUUAAUAAUUUCCAUUUUGAACCUUUUAGGGAGCUUUCCUUUGGUAAAGGCUCAACUGCACCCCUCAAGAGUGCCCAUUUACCUGAAAUAAACAAUGUUGAACCUUGGGAUGGCAAGGAUGGAGUUGUAAGAUAUUUUCUAUUACAUAUUAUUUUUAUACUCUUGAAAUUAUUGCUUGUUUUUUUUCAAACACGUCUUUUACUUUUUUAUCAUUUAAAAAAAAAAUGAUUAUUUUUGUCUGUUGGAUAAUUGGAAUAAUCAUAUUCUUAUCUUAUCAACAGCUUCCAGUAGAAGAAGACAUAGAUCUGAGUGAUGUUGACUUAGACAAAGAUGAAUUGUGAGCAGACGAGAAGGAAACCCAUCUUAUACAUUUUAGUCUCAUCGAUCAUCAUCAUAACAUGUUGCACAAACCAACUUUUUUGUCCACCAUUGUGACUGCUCUCAAUUGUUGCACGUGUGGUAAAUUUGCAACAUAAUGUUGGUAGUUAAUAUUUAAUUACCAUAUUAUGAAAUGGGUUUUACAGUAUAUGUAAGUAACUAUGAGCAGAUAAUGUAUGGUUUUAUUUUAUUAUUUAUAAACCAGCAAAUUAAUAUUUACUUGAUCAACAACACAAUGGACAUUUGAAUCAGCAGUUGUUAAGCGUGUUAAAAGAUGUUUUCAUUGAGCCAACUAGAGCAAGAGCUAAAUAUUUACUGUCCAAACCAUUUUUAUGAUUCAUUAUAAUGAAAGUUUGACAUAAGUCUUUUCAUGAUUUAUUAUAAAAUAAUAGUAGUUUGGCAUAAGUCUUUAUAAUUUUUUUUUAAAACUAAGUAUGGUACACUGUAGUACAAACUACUGUAGUCUGUUGUUAUUUCUUAGUGCUGAAAUGUUUUAGAUUGUAUUAUGGUCUGAUUCUGAUUUUCAAGAAAUGUAAUUUAAAAAAAAAUUUUUUUUUAAACAUCACCUUUAAGUCACUACCCAAUGUUAUGUUUAUUUUUUUCUUUAAAGAUUUAUACCUUUUCUAUUUUCAAUAAAUGAAAUAAUAGUAAUUUAUACAUAGGAAAAAAAAGGGUUACUUUUUUGGGGUACCACAUCAGUUCUACUACAUGACAUGGUCUUGAGUUUUAUUUAAUUUGGUGUUGUGUUAUUAAUAUACUUUAACUCUUUACCUUAGGAAACUGUUUAGAGUUGGUUUUAUUUUGCUGACUGUUGUCUUAAUUAAGUCUUAUGCUAAAUGUAUUUUACUGCUGUUUGGUUUUUCUUGUGUUCCUUCCUUUGAGGGUGUUGUGGAUUACUAGCUUGCAAAUUUUUUAUGGUUUAUAGUAUUGUUUCACUUAUGAUUGUUAAAAAACCAUAUUGCAUGAAUCAGAAUCCUCUUUGAACAGUUACUUUUCAUAAAUUAAUGGUUGGAACUUAAUCACAUGCAUCAUUAAUUCCAAAGCCACCAAGGACUUACCAUAGCACUGUUGACAUCAGUAACCACAAAUAAAUGGUUAAACUUAAAUUAUUUUUAAAAUUUUGAGUGCGGUUCUUUAUGAUAGUUUUAUAAUUAUCUACACUAAUUUUAUCACACACUGUUUGAAUGAGCUGAAGCCUCCAUCAUGUUCCUGGAAUUAUGAAUGAUGCUGACUGCUUUGUUUUCAGUUGCCUUGAAAUAUUUUUCAGGACUUGUUUUGUAUGUUCAUGAUGUUAACUUUUAAGUGAAUAUUAAAUAAAACUAAAAUUCAAA